AUGAGUUCCCUUCAGAAAUCAUUCGCCAAGUCAAAACUGGCCAAAUUUCCACCUGAAGCACCAAUGCCUGAGCCAUUGAGCCAUUUAGAGGAUGCAUGGGAGGAAGGCUCUUCAGCUUCCUCGCUGUCGUCGACCGGGACAAUGGUCCCGUCACCCACGCGACAGCUAUUCGCCCGAACGGGCCGACGGUCCGUUUACUUCUCCAAUUUCCAUGAGCUCAACUUACAAUCAUCUCAAACCUCUUUGACAUGGACAGACUUCUUUGACCAGGAGCUCUUUCUUUCAGAGGAAGUGGAUAAUCUCCAUAUUGUACACCAUGUCUAUUUAACGCCGCCGACUGACUCAGGCCCCCUUUUUGUCAUGCACCAUGGCGCCGGUUCAUCCGGACUUUCCUUCGCCACGUGCGCAGAAGAGAUCCGGAAGAUCCUCCCAAAGGCAGGGAUCUUGUCACUGGAUGCUCGAAGUCAUGGCCGCACCGUCACAACCACAUUGGACGGUAGGACGGACGAUGAAUAUCCUUCUACGGCAGCGGCAAACCAGGCUGAAUCCUCGGGGCAGGUAGAGCUCGACCUCAGCCUUGAGACUCUGAGCCGGGAUCUAGUCCAUGUGAUCUAUCAGACACAAACCAGGAUGGGCUGGGAGAAGCUCCCUGAUAUCAUUCUAGUUGGACACAGUCUAGGCGGUGCGGUGAUUACAGAUGUCGCGAAGAAAGGGGAGCUGGGUCCGAAACUGUUGGCAUACGCGGUGUUCGACGUAGUGGAAGGGUCUGCAAUGGAUGCGCUUCAGAGCAUGGAGAAAUAUCUUUCGACUCGUCCCACCCGAUUCCCAUCCCUGCUAUCUGGGGUUGAAUGGCAUACUCGCUCCCGCACAAUCCGGAACACCAUUUCCGCUCGCGCCUCGGUUCCGUCCCUUUUGUAUGAAGAAAGCGAGCCUAGCGAUCCGUCCCGUCCUUGGGUGUGGCGCACCAACCUCUCUGCAACGAAACCAUUCUGGGAGAACUGGUUUGUUGGCUUGAGUAGGAAGUUCCUUGAUGCACGAGGUGGCAAGCUACUAUUACUUGCCGGGACCGACAGAUUGGAUAAGGAGUUGAUGAUCGGGCAGAUGCAAGGUAUGCGCUUGAAAAUUCUGUAUCAGUCGUCUAUCAUCACUCGGCAUCAUGCUCACUUCAGUAUUACAGGUAAAUAUCAACUGCAGGUCUUCCCUGAAGCAGGGCACUUCGUUCAUGAGGACCAGCCUGCGAAGACUGCGCAGAUCCUGGCGGACUUUUACCGACGAAAUGACAGGAACGCAUUGGUGCUUCCGCCCAAGGUGGCGGAUAUGCAGGCAUCAGCGGCGAUGAAGAAGGGAACCGGUGCUCCCGAUGGCUCAACGGGGCACCUGAGAUAG